AGGCGACAAUGAAAUCAUUGCAACAUACGCUAUUCGUUUCUUUGGUUAUUUUUUCCCUAUCUCCAACAUGUAAUGGUGCAGAAAUUAUUGGAGGCAAUGAAGUUAAACCCCAUUCAAAACCCUAUAUGGCAUCUAUUCAAAUUUAUAACAAGACACUGAAGAAUUAUUUGCAUAAUUGUGGAGGGGCUUUGAUCAAAAAUAAAUGGAUUCUGACGGCAGCACACUGUGAAGUGAUGGGACGUGUUCAAGUUGUUCUUGGAGCCCAUUCUUUGUCACAGAUUGAGAAAAGUCAACAAAAAAUUCAGGUCAAGAAGCAGUAUCCCCAUCCACAGUUUAACAGAAGAACUGCACAAAAUGACAUCAUGCUUCUGGAACUGUCCAGUGAAGCAAAAAUCAACAAAUAUGUCAAUUUACUCAAACUACCAAAUGACAAGAAAGCAGACGUGAGACCUGGAACUUCCUGCAAGGUGGCAGGAUGGGGAGUAACAUCUAUAUACUCCAAAUCGCCAUCUGACACACUUCAACAAGUGAAGCUGAAAGUAAUAGAUCGGAGUUUAUGCAACAGUGAGGAGUAUUACAAUCGUAAACCUGUAGUAACCAAGGACAUGAUCUGUGUUGGUGACAGCAAAGCCCAAAGAGACUCAUGCAAAGGUGAUUCAGGCGGUCCUUUAAUUUGCAACAAGAAGUACAAAGGCAUUGUGUCAUAUGGGAAAGGAUGUGCAGAUCCCAAAAAGCCUGGGAUUUACACUCUCAUAUCAAAGAAAUACCUUGACUGGAUUGCAAAAAUAAUUGGUGUGCAAGCGUUCAAUAUGACCACUGUUGAGGAUGUUGAGAGUCCCACCGACACUCUGUUUUACCGUUAAUGAUCUGUGUUGAAGUGCUUUACUCUUAAGCUUAUUGUAUAAUGUCAUGUGACAGAAUAUAAUAAAAAUCUGAA